AUGAGCCCUGCUGUUUCUUCGGCCUCUCUGCUACCUCCAUCGCACUCGCUGUCAUUGUUUCCGGCAUCUGCAGAGCUGGUCCUCGAUCUUGCCCACGCACCCAUUCCAUGUGUUGUGCGGAUUUGUCUGUUGGAGCUCGAGGCAUCACCCGAGAAUACUUUGCAUCAAAGUCCGUACUGGGAAGCCACCAAGCAGGGCCGGGAGUGGGUCUUGAGCCGUAUCAACGAUGUACUCAGCACCGUCCACCAAGUGCACAUGCAAGGGUGCGUGCCUGCACUCCAGUUCAAAUCCAGGGUCUCGUCGACAUUUGGAAGAUCCUGGGUCAGUGCUGUCGGAAAGGGCAAGGGGUUUCCGGAUGUGUCCACCCGACAGCUGCUCAAGCGUUUGGGCCAGAUCCGGGUCAGCCAAAGUCCUAUGGGCUCGCAAUCCGAUGUGCCCUGCGACCAGUUGGAUCUCCUUGUUGAGCAGCCGGACGAGAACUCGAUCCAACCAAGCACGAUUCCCAUGCUUGCACUUGUCGAUUGCGAUCCCCACGGCAUUGAUAUCUUCCUAUGUUAUAAGUACGGUGCUCAGUCCACGGCUUACGACUCGAAAAGUAUGACUGCACCGUCCCUGAGCUGGAUUGGUAUGGAGUUGGCCGACCUCUCCAGCGUGCUCCACAAGCACGACUCUAUUCUCGCGCUCUCUGAUGCCGAUGCUCGUAAAAUCCGGUCGAUCCGGCGGCUACGGCCUGAGCUAGCUCGGAUCGAGAGCCGUGUUUGGCGGGAGCUGGAGCACAUGCUCCGAUACGGAUGCAAGUUCGAGAUCGAGCUCUGCAGCCCUGAAGUACUGAUGACGAGCUACCUGCCUGCCAAGGUGGCAGAGUAUUUGCAGGAAUAUCCUUUCGGUGUUGAGUCGCAAAGCGACAGCCACAAUCGAUGGCUCAGCCAGGCCAGCGGAAGUGCUGCAGAUCAUCGACAAGUGCGCACCGGAUACGCUUUCCAACGAUACCUUGCUCGCGCCAUCACAACUGCGAUUUACCAGCGUGGCAAAAGGAAUGUAUAUUUGUAA